GGUUUUUCGCGCUUUCCGUGGGGAAGAGAGAGAGAGAGGAAACUGAGGAAGCAGCUCCGAAGGGGGGAUGACGAUGGCAAUAGCUAGCAUCUUGUCGCAACCGACGCCGUGGCUGACCGCACCACCGCUUUCUUCCUCCUAUAAAACCCAGGCUUACUUUCAAAGCUUCAACGUCGUCUCAUCUUUUCUCUGUACACCGACAACGGUUAACUUUUCCAAUUUCGAUUCUUCAUUUUCUUCUAACAAUUCCUUCUCAUUUCGUAAAAUCUCCGUGAUGCCGAUCCAAACAGCAAAAUCAGGGAUCCUUCCUCUAGCACGGGGAUGCUCAUGGAUACAGGACAAUUCCAUGUGUUCUGAUUCUGAUAAUAUCAGCAGCAAGAGAUGGAGACAGGGUCCUUUGCAUUCAGUUUUUCCUGCCACAUCUCCAGUGGUUUCCUCAGUGCAAGACCUUUAUGACUUUAUAUGCUCAGGUUCUCUUAUAGAAAAAUUGGGUCUGACCCCAGAAAUGGUUGCAGAGAACAUCGACAGGUGGUUAGAAUGUGGACUUUACCUGUGCAGAUUAUUUCAACUCAAUGAGCUUAACCUUACUAUUCCUCAGAAAGCUAGAAUUUAUCACUACUAUGUACCAGUAUUCUUUUGGUGUGAAGAUCAGAUUUCACAUCACAGGUCCAUUUUCAAAGAUGGAGAAGAAAUCCCUCCCUUAGUGAUUGGCUUUAGUGCUCCACAAGGUUGUGGAAAGACUACACUUGUUUUUGCUCUAGAUUAUCUUUUCCGAUGCACUGGAAGGAAGUCCGCAACAGUAUCUAUAGAUGAUUUCUAUUUGACAGCUGAGGACCAGGAUAAAUUGAGAGAAGAAAAUCCUGGAAAUGCACUUUUAGAGUUUCGAGGAAAUUCUGGAAGCCAUGAUCUUCAGUUUUCCAUUGAAACACUCACGGCCCUAAGUAAAUUGACAAAAGAAGGUAUGCAGAUGAAACUGCCACGAUAUGACAAAUCUGCAUAUGGUGGGAGAGGUGACAGAGCUGAUCCUUCAACAUGGCCAGACGUUGAAGGACCACUAACAGUUGUUCUGUUUGAAGGAUGGAUGCUUGGUUUUAAACCCCUUCCAGUGGAAGUUGUCAAAGCUGUUGAUCCACAGCUGGUAGUUGUAAACAAAAACCUUGAAGCUUAUUAUGAUGCAUGGGACAAGUUCAUAAAGGCAUGGGUAGUAAUCAAGAUUAAAGAGCCAAGUUGUGUGUAUGAUUGGCGAUUGCAGGCAGAGAUUGCCAUGAGGGAGGAAGGCAAAGAAGGGAUGUCUGAUGAGGAGGUUAUGGACUUCGUUUCACGUUACCUGCCAGCAUACUAUGCUUAUCUUCCAACCCUCUAUUCAGAAGGACCAAAUGGAUCAGAUCCUAAGCAUCUCCUCGUUGUAGAAAUUGAUGAAAAGAGGAACCCAAUCUUGGCUAACUAGCAGAUCAUAGUUCCUUAUAGUAUUAGUUUGUAGUAGAGGCCAUUUUUUUAUUUCUUGGGCAUGGUUUAGUGGUUACAAGCACUUACCAUUUAAAGUAAAUAUCCACCAGAGUAGUCAUCGCUAUCAAUUAAGUGUAAAUGUAAUAGCAUGCAUAAUAAAUGAUUUUUUUGAACCAGAUA